AUGUUAAAAUUACAUCGUUUUCUCUUACAUUUGUUAAUUUUUCUAAACUUCAAAAAUACAAUGGAAUCAAUAAUGGAUACAAAUAAAAAAGAAAAAGAAACUCAACUUUUUAUCAAAAAUAUUGGUGAUAAAAAAAAAUCAAUUAAUUCUCCAGCGGAAAAUUAUUUACCUCCUGAAUCAAGAAAUAUUCAAAUAAAAAAUACAGAAGAAGUGAUAAACAAAAAAUUUAUUAAAAACGUUAGUGAAAUUUAUGAAUCUGGACAUUUUGUCUCACUUUCCAAUAAAUGUUUAAAUCAUGGGACAAAAUUAAAACUUCUGAUAACAAUUUUAUCAGAUCCUUGGCAUUAUUUGGCAAGAAAAGCUAUUCGAGAAACGUGGGGAAUUUUUGGCAAGAGAAAAGAUGUGAUAAUAUUAUUUUUUUUAGGUGCAACAAGUGAUCCAUAUCUUGAAAUAAAACUUGCUCACGAGGAGAAAAUUUUUGACGACAUUAUACGUUGUAAUAUCUACGAUAGUUAUACGAAUUUAACAUUAAAAACAAUUUCCAUUCUCGAAUGGGUUGAUAAAUAUUGUUUUAACGCAAAUUACGUUUUAAAAACUGAUGACGAUGUUUUUCUAAAUAUGCCUCGACUUUUGACAUUUGUACGUGUUCGACUUAAAGUGAAUAAUGUAAUUUUUGGCAAAAUAUCACCGAACAAAAAACCACACAGAGACAAAGAAAAUAAAUAUUAUGUUCCAAUUAUACAAUAUAAAUUUUCCGAAUAUCCACCAUUUGUAACUGGUCCUGCUUAUUUAAUUUCUGGCAAUUCAAUACAUCGUCUACACAAAGAAUCCCUGAAUACGAUUUUUUUGAAAUUAGAAGACGUCUUUCUAACUGGAAUUGUUGCCGAAAAAUUAGGAAUAAAAAGAAUAGACAGACAGGAAUUUGUUAAUAAUCGAAUUUCCUUUAGCGUUUGUCAACUUCAAAGAAGCAUAAGUUUACACAGCAUCAAACCUAGUGAACAAUAUGAUCUAUGGGAACGUCUUUUUGAAUGUAAUCCCAAUUGUCCAUAUUUUUGUAUACAUAAAUCUUCUAAAGCAAUUUUAAUGAAAAAUAAUUUUAUUUUAUUGACAAUUGCUUUUUGCACAGCAUGGCUAAUAUAAUAAUCAAUUACAUUAUCAUGAUAAGACUUUUUUUGCACAAAAUAGUACAAUAAUUAUAUGUUUACAAAAAAAAGUUUUAAAUUUCAUUUUCAAAAAUUAAUA